UGUGGAAGGAGGCCGUGUCCCGACCGUCAUUUCCCGCGGCACGCCGGAAGGCGACUUUCCAAGUCUCGCGAGGACGAGAAACGCGCCGCGGUGCCCGCCGGGAUUUGUAGUCUCCUCUUGCGCCAAGCUUCUCCCCGGGUCCCAGCUGUCUUACUGUCCCUAGCAUCCUGUCUGCGGUGGCAGGGGGGGUGGGUUCGCGUCCGGGUAGCGGGCCUGCUCUUCAGCCGCAGACCUGAGUUUCAGAGUAAUUAGUCGGUGGGGCAGACGCCUGCCAUCUUCUCAUUCAUUGCUAGGGCGCCCCUAUCUGAGACGCCAUCUCUUUGAGACCCCGGGAGGUGGGGCGCGGAGGCGAGGAGGGGGAGCCGGUGUGGCCGCCAUGUUGGUGAAGGCGACUGUCUGCGCCGGGAGCUCCAGCACGUUGGCUCUGCGGGCCUAAACCCGCCAUAUUAAUAAAGAGGAAGGGGAGCGGACCCUCCCUCCCUCCCACCCUGCUACUGUGCACGCCCCUCUCCCCUCCCCGCUCUCUGCGGCGAGCUGGCGGCGCCCCGUCGCCUGCUUCGUUCGUCUAGCGUUUGACAGAAGCUUAGCGGGCAGCGCGGCAGAACUGGCGUAGGGUAGCGCCGAAUGAGGGGCCCGGGGAAAUGCCGACCAAUUGCGCCGCGGCGGGCUGUGCUGCGACCUACAACAAGCAUAUUAACAUCAGCUUCCACAGGUUUCCUUUGGAUCCUAAAAGAAGAAAAGAAUGGGUUCGCCUAGUUAGGCGCAAAAAUUUUGUGCCAGGAAAACACACUUUUCUUUGCUCAAAACACUUUGAAGCCUCCUGUUUUGAUCUAACCGGACAAACCCGACGACUUAAAAUGGAUGCUGUUCCAACCAUUUUUGAUUUUUGUACUCAUAUAAAGUCUCUGAAACUCAAGUCGAGGAAUCUUCUGAAGAAAAACAACAGUUUUGCUCCAAGUGGACCGUGUAAUUUAAAGCUGAACAGUAGUCAGCAAGUGCUGCUUGAACACAGUUAUGCCUUUAGGAACCCUAUGGAGGCCAAAAAAAGAAUAAUUAAACUAGAAAAGGAAAUAGCUAGCUUGAGGAGAAAAAUGAAAACUUGCCUGCAAAGAGAACGCAGGGCAACUCGAAGAUGGAUCAAAGCCACAUGCUUUGUGAAGAACUUAGAAGCAAGUAAUGGGCUACCUAAGGGCAUCUCAGAACAGAUUUUACCAACUGCCUUAAGCAAUCUUCCUCUGGAAGAUUUAAAAAUUCUUGAACAAGAUCAAGAAGAUAAAACAGUACCCAUUCUCUAAAUGUAAAAUGAGACAGACUAUCUGCACUCAAGUUUUCCUCACAUAGAAACCAGUGCCCAUCUCCUGCCUUCACCGACCACACUCUGGCAGUUACACUACAAUCAAGUCCUGCAGUUUUACUUGAAGUAGCAGUGUCACUGCAAGGAGACCUGAGGAAGUGGAAAAUCCAGUGACAAGUUUGAGAACGGGUAGAAGUGCCUUACAUGAGGAUUAUGUACUUAGGAAGCACUGUUAGAGGUUGUUUCUGGUCUUGUUUUUUUAAGCUGCUGUCAAAUAGGAAUGACAAGUGAUAUGUUCAUAUAAGUAAAGGUAUUCCACACCAAAGCUGGGAUAUUACAUUCUAAAGACCAUGUGAAGUAGGAGCUAAUCGCAUUAAAUAUGAACUUAAAACUACUGGAUUUUUGUAUGAAUUAAAUUAUUGGGAUUGUGGUUGAAAAAUUUAUAGAAUAAAACCUCUGGGGUAUAGGGCAAGGUUUGUUUGUUUUUUUUAUUCUUUAGCCUUUUGUAUUUUAACCAGUGAAAGUACAUUUAUCAUGGCCUUUCUUAUAAGAACAUUGAAUUUAAAAGUACGUUGUAAAAUAAUUUGAAAAUAGUAUUUCAAAUGUGAAAUACCUUUGAGACUCCAAACUAGGUAAGGCCUCGAGUACCUCAGACUGGGGAAACCCAGUGAGUUAUAUUCAACUUCUAAGAAAACACACAGAAAAUGAGGCAGAGUUUGAAGUCUAGCUUUUACCUUAACAAAACAAAUAGACAAAUGUACAUUAUUCUUUCUCUUAAAAUAAAAAUAUUGAAUUUCCAUCUUCAUAAUUGACACAUUAAUAAACACCUUAGACCCAUUUGUUCCUUGUAUUGAUAGCAAAUUCUGAAGCUGAGGUUUCUUUUUUGUGACUACUUCUUCAUUGCCCUUUUUAUGUCAAAAAUAGCUUUUUCCCUCCUUAGUGAAUCACAGAAUAAUUUAAUCACAGGGAACUAUUAACUAUGUUGUGUUUCAGACCCAGGGCAGGCUGCUAAGGUACAUAUUUAGCAUUAUCAAGGUCUGAGGAUAUGAAAGCUUCUAAGAAAGUGUUUGAGGUUCUAAGACUAUUAGAGGGUCUAAGAAGGUGUUUUAAGUUUGGAAGUUCAGCAUAGAGGGUGGGGUAUGCCGUCCAUACCCUGUACCAGGUAGGGCCUGGGGAAUCUGAGGGGACCUGGAGCCCAGGUCCACUUUGAUAUGUUAAAUAUGCAUCUCAACCACUUGUCCUGUGUCUGAAACCCAACAGUGUUACGUUAAAACAGGCUUAGUUGCUCUUACCCCAUCAACUUGCUUUUUAACUUUUUUUUCUUUAUUUUUUUUUAGAAAAUCGAAACAACUUUAAUUCAUAAAGGAAAUAAAAUACAGUCCUCUAACAUAAUGUCUGUCUCUGUGAUAAAGCUAUGCAAAUGCUGAUAUUUAUAAAAUAGAAAUAUCAAAAUCCCUCUUCUGGCACCACUUGCACCUUGAAAAGGCCUUGUGUGGCUAAAUGUUUAAUAAGAGCCCUCCCUUCAAAAUAAGAGCCCUUCCUUCAAAAAGCUUUGGCCAAGUAAGAAAAAGUGUAUUCACCUAAGUUAUUUAGUUCUUCUUCAAGUUUGUGAGAAUAUGAACGUAACAUGCUUGAUCACAAAUAACUAUAAACCUUUCCUACACAGAGAUGGAAUUUGGAUUCUCUGCCAUCUCUUGGACUGUUUCUCUCUGUCCCACCCAACAGCCAGCACUGUUUAGUGAGGAUUGUCUUCCCUGCAAACCUAGAGGCAGGAAAUGGCUCUCUUAGUUUUCAUGUGAUGUGGAUAACCAAUACUCUAGAGACGUUUUUAUAGAUGUGACCACCCUUGUUAGCUAUCUUAAGUAUUGGAUAAAGUUCCUUAAAUUUGUCAUCGUAUAUUUUUUCCUAAUACUGGUUCAUGUGUCUUUAUAUUAUCUCAAAUAUCAACAGCAAACACACUGACUGUACCUACUUGAUAGCCUAAAAUAAGCUGGGUAACUAAUCACAUUAGCAUAACCUAUGUUCCCGAAAUGUAAACUUUCGUAUGGUUUACCACAUUCCCCAAACACCAAGCACUAAUUAAUGUGCUCUGCCUAGGGUUAGUAUCUUGAUAUAUUAAUACACUUUUUAAAUCCUAAAUGUACGACAUUGUAAAAUACAAGGCACUUUUGGCAAAGUUAUAUAGUCUUCAUCCAUUAUUAUCAGCCUUUAGUUUCUUUGGUGUGUUUUGUGUGCUGGAAAUUGAACCCAGGGCUUCAUGCAUGCAUGCAUGUGCUGCUGCUGAGCCAUAUCCCUGGUCUUUUGCAUUCACUAAUUUUGGACACCACUGAAUAAACAGUCCUCUCAGUAAAUGUAAUUUUCUGCCUGUUUUCUUCAUGUUAUUUUCCUGAUAACAUGCUUCAAAGUCUCUUGACAUAGCUGUGUUAAUAACAUAUCUGCCUUUAAAAUGGCUUCCUAGCUGAAUAUGGUAACACACAUCUGUCAUGUUAGCCACAAGGGAGAAAGAAGUGAAGGUGCGGAAAUGGGAGUUCCAGGCUUUUAAAAACAUUCAAGGAAUCUUAAAAUCCUGCCUUCAAUGUGCUGAUAGAUUUAUUUAGUUGACUGUAUACCAUAAAACUGGUGGAGUGAGGCAUGAUAAAGCCCAAGGACAAACGUCUCUUAAUUCCUGUGCUUCGGAGGAAUGGCGUGAGGGUCAAGCCAGCCUAGGCUAUUUGAGACCUUGUUUGGAAAAUAAACAAACCUGUCAGAAUCACAACAGCUCUCCCAUAGUCAGACCUCACAGAUCUUCUAUCUAUCCAGUGUGUCUAUAUGCUACCAACAUUCACAAAGAAAAAAAAAAAAACAAAAAACAAAAACACAACUGAAGAGCAGGAAGUUCAUAGAAAGACAAAUACUGGGCUGGGAGAUGUGUCCUGUUCAGCAUUCGUCAAGCCCAAGGUUCAAACUCCAACACCCAAAGGGUUAAAUACACACUGGCUGCCCUUCGGUUGCUGCAAGCCUCCCAAAAGAAUGGUGCUUAGAAUAUGAGAUUUAUUCUAUGAAAGAAACAGGUGUAAGAUGCUUCAGUACACGUUGAGUUGAAACUCAAUGGAAAACUUAGAAACUUUAGACCUAUUUACAACCAAGUGACUUUCUUUUGAAAUAAAAUAGAUGUUUUUUUAGAAUGACUGGUGAGAGGUGGGCAGAGCUCUAGGGUUUGGCCUGAGUUCAGUGUUACUGGGUCAGAACCCUUAAAAAAAAGUACUGAACAGAUCGAAAUGAUAGCUUUCCUGAAAGAAAGACACAGCUAUAAGUAGGUCAUAGCUGAGAACUGGGAUAUUUGAACUUGAUAUUUUGGAAACAAAUAACCCUAUUGAUAGGUCUCUGAACUAAAUCAUGAAACAGUUGUUUUCCAGUCUCUGCCUUUCUCCGUCCAAUCUGGAUUCACAUAAGAAGGCAUCUUUGUUUGCUCAGUCACACAUGACUGUCCCACUUGCACAGAGAUGGAGAUGCCUGCUGUCUACGCAGUUGUAGGGCGAACACAUGUCUUCGAGUUCUGCUCCUUUUAAUAUAUGUUAUCAAAGUAGGAAAAAUAUGUUUAGAAAAGCAAAAGAUAAACUUUAAAUGUAUUAAAGAUAUUUAUGAGAUCCUUGCUAAUGGUGUCUAUGGAGAUUUUGUUAUGUCCUCUUAUUUCUCAGUGUUAGAAUACGGGUAAAUAUUAAUUUUGAUAUAAUAGAGAAACUAAUCUUAUAUCAGGAGUGGGAUUCUUUUGAUAUUUAGACAGUUGAAUACUUUAUAUAAAGUUAAUGUUUUGUAAUGUAUAUUAAACAAUAACAUUGUACUCAAAAAAUGUUUUUGGAAUUUGUUACUAUUAAAAAAUUGUUUCCCAAGGAA